AUGGCUCCGGUGAAGCUGUACGGCAUGACCAUGUCGUGGAACGUGACGAGGUGCGUGGCGGCCCUGGAGGAGGCAGGCGUCGAGUACGACGUCGUGCCCAUCGACUUCGGCGCCGGCGAGCACAAGACCCCCGACCACCUCGCCAGGAACCCCUUUGGUCAGAUGCCGGUUUUGCAGGAUGGUGACUUCUACGUCUGGGAAUCGCGUGCUAUUUGCAAGUACACAUGCCGCAAGAACAAUCCGGAGCUUUUGAAGGAGGGCAACCUCAAGGAAUCAGCAAUGGUAGAUGUGUGGCUCGAGGUGGAGGCCCAUCGGUACACGGCCGCAAUGGAGCCUAUUAUCCUUGAGUGCCUCAUCCGUCCUAUGUUCGGGCGAGCCACUGACCAGAAAAUUGUCGAGGAUAACCUUGUGAAACUGAAGAAGGUGCUGGAGGUGUACGAGGCGCGCCUGACCAAGUGCAAGUACCUUGCUGGAGACUUCCUCAGCCUAGCGGACCUUAACCAUGUGUCUAUUACCGCAUGCCUGGCGGCUACACCCUACGCUUCUUUGUUUGACGCGUAUCUGCAUGUGAAAGCCUGGUGGUCUGGUCUGAUGGCGAGGCCGUCCGUCCAGAAGAUCACUGCACUGAAGAAGCCGUAUUUUAAGAAUAGUGUCUAG